AUGCUCGUGUGUAAUAAAAAUUUGGAAGAAAUUGACACCAGGGUCACCAAGUUGGAGAACCGAAUGGAAGAACUAAGCGAGAGGGAUCAGGAUCUGUUAGCCAAUGACUUGGAAAUCUCAGGUCUACCGGAACAAAAGGGGGAAGUAGCCAUUAACACUGUGAUACUAUGUGCUAGAAAGUUAGGCCUUGAUAUUGACCACCGUGAAAUUGUUCAUGCCGAGCGUGUCGGAAUAUUACGCAAAUCUAUUGACGACAUUAAUAGCUCUCAAGAAGAAGUUCGUUUGGGACCACGUAGAAUUAUGGUGCGAAUGAGCCGCCGAGCGCUGCGAGAGGAAUUUCUACGUUCAGCGCGUGUUCGGCGGACAGUAACCACUGAGUAA